ACAGAUGGAAAUGUCAUUGAAAACAUUUAUGAAUAACAGUUUAAAAAUACAAACAAGUUUUAAAUGACGUGGGGGAGUGACCCCGAAGCAAAAAUAUUUAUGAAAAAGUAAUUCUUCAAAUAUUGUUGACCUAUAUACAAAAUGCAUCCUAGCAGGCGUAGAAAAAAACGGCCGAAUUACGGAAUUCGAACCGUAGAGGUGGCUAGAGGACCAAAUGGUUUUGGUUUCACAAUUUCAGGACAGCAGCCUUGUAUUUUGAGUUGUAUUGUGAAAGAUUCACCUGCAGAUCAAGCUGGACUUCGUGCUGGUGAUUUUUUGAUUUCAGUAAAUGAUGUAUCAGUUUCUAAAACUACACAUGAUGCUGUAGUGAAUUUAAUAGGCAGUUGUGUUGGACCCAUCAAAAUGACUAUAGCUGAAAAUUAUUAUUCUGAUAGUAGUGAUGAAGAUCUAGAUGUGAAUCGUAUAAUAACUUGCAGGAAACCAAAGCAUAAACCAAGACCUAGCAGAACACAGCGACCUAUUAAUCGUAAAAGUAAUGACGGUUUAGCCGUGUUGAAAAAUGCUAACCAUAAUUACAUUCUGAAAUAUUCAAAUGGCAACAAGGAAUCCAUAAUUCCCAUGAAUGUAUCAAGUACUAUGGGAGAUCAAGAUGUUUCUACAGAUUAUAAAUCAUUGGCAGGAUAUCUGGGAGCAAUUGAAAUGCCAAAACAGUUUUCAUCUGAUGGCCAUUUGAAAGGAUUAUCUAUCGAAGAUCAAGGAGGUCCCAUUGAAUAUAAAGCAUUAGUUGGAUAUCUUGGUACCAUUGAGAUGCCGAAACAACUUUCACCAGAAACAAGACUUCAGACAGUAUGCAAUUGUAUAAAAAAAUUAAGGCAAGAAAAACGAAACCCAACAGCUAUUCUCAUGACGGUUCUACCUACUUGUUUAACUUUGAAGAAUUCCUCUAAUCAUAUUUUGGCUAUAUAUCCAACUAAUAGAGUUGUUUAUGUUGGAUCUGCUAGAGAUAAGGAUUCAAGAUAUUUUGGUUUAGUCACUAGUGCAAUAUGCGAUUCAAAUACAAAAGAAAACAACGAUGAUUGGCAUCUAGACAUGAAUAUGAAAAAGUCUAACUCAGAUAUUGAUAUUUCUAAUAGUUGCCAUAUUUUUGUAACAGAUCCUAAGCUUAUAGAUCAUAAUGUUCAUUUGCGAAAAGCAGAAGCAUUCAAUAUUGUUUGUAGUAUAGAUCCUAUAUCAGGACGUUGUUUGGAAUUUCCCAAGGAUUCACUUUAUAUUGUUAGUUUAAUACAAAGCAUGUAUAAGUUACAGUGUGAUUUGCAAACUGUUAAAUUCAAUAUAGAAGAAAGAGGUGUGCCUUUGCUGGCUAAUUCACCACAACCUAGUGCAUCGAGCAAUUCAGAUUCUGGAAUUGGAUUCAGGGAUGAUUUCAAUUCAAUAAGUGAUAGAAUUGUAUUGGUAGAGUUUCCAGCAAGACCUUUGGAAGGAACUAGUAAACAUAAUUUCAUUGCAGAAGAAAAUGUCGAAAAUAGAGAAAGUAUGCUCAGAAAUUCAGAAAUUUAUGGUAUGACUUCAGAAGAAACAAAACCUAAUGCUUUAUUGAAAAUGGUAUUGAAUAAUGAGAAACCAUUAAACAAUGUCCAAAUUAUAAAAUCAUAUGAAGGUGUAAGCAUUAAGAAUAGUUUCGGUGGAUCAAAGGUGGAAAACACUAAAAACAGCAAUAAAAUAGAAGGACAGCUGAAUAAUCUUUCCAAUUCUGAAAAAUUGAAUUGUAGAUCCUCUUUCGACAAGUUGACUAGAAAUGUUUCACCAUCAAGUUUCACCAGUUCUGAAGACAACACUAAGACUAAUGAAGUUUGUAUUGGGAAUAGUCCUAAAAGGCAUGAAAACAUCAAGGCUGGAGGAUACAAGGAAAUUGAUAUCAAGAGUAAUUUUAAUGAGCUAGAAAUGACCAGAAAUAACUUGUCUUUCAAUCAGUGCAAUAUGAAUAGUUUUCAGGAACGACCAAUAGAUGUUCCAUAUGAAAUGGAGGUUGAUAGAUUAAACCAAUGUGUUUAUUCCAAGUAUAAUAGGGAAGAUUCUGAAUUCAAGAAGUCAGCAGAUAGUUUAUCGAUGUGCAGUGCACGUAGCAUUGAAUUGGGAAACUCUAUGAGUGUUUUUAAAACUCCCAGUGCAGUUUUCUUUGAACGUAAAGCUAAACAUACCCCAAAAUUAGCUAGUAGUUGUGACGAUUUGAACAAGUGUGGUAAUAACAAAAGGAAAUUGACUCCUAAGAAGUGUGGAACAUCAAAACCCAACUACAGCUAUGAAGAAUUGAAUAAUAUGGAUUUCGGACAACAGUUGGGCUAUGGCAGUUUGAAUGAUUUAUUCUUUUCUAAUAGAGGAAGCAGCCAUGAGGGAAGGCAGAUCGCUAGGAGUGAACCUGAUGUGAGGUCACAAGAAGGGAUGACUUGUUACAUGAACGAGACGGACGGCCAAGCCACCAAGGAUGUCAAGGAGAGUUCGGUACAGGUGUGGACUACUUCGUUCGAGAAGCUGCUGGAGGACACGGAAGGACUCAAGGCGUUCUCUGAGUUUCUGAAGAAAGAGUUCAGCUCGGAAAACAUAGAUUUUUGGAUAGCCGUCGAGCGCUUCCGACACAUACCUAAUGGUCAAGAAAAAAAGGCCGAAGCUAGAAGAAUCUACCAGCAACACAUCUGUGUUGGCGCUCCAGAGGCAGUUAAUGUGGACUCACACGGUAGGCAGUGUGUGGAACAGGCAUUACACGAGGCAACCAGCAACAUAUUCGAUCAGGCGCAAAAGCAAGUGUUGAACUUGAUGAAAUUCGACAGUUAUCCUAGAUUCUUGAAAUCCGAUGUAUAUAAACAAUGCCUAGUAAAUAGUACAAAAACCAAUGGUGCUACACCAAUUAAAUUGAAGAAGAGCCUAAGCAAUGCAGAAGAUAGGAGGAGGAAAAGUCUGCUACCCUGGCACAGAAAAAGUAGGUCUAAGUCAAAGGACAGGUUUGAAAAUGGUGAUUCGCUUAGUAUCAAAGCCGAGGAUGGGUGCCUUAGGAACGAAAUCCAUAGUAGCAAGUCAUCUUUGACAUCCCUGGAUCUUGCUAUCGCCAACAAUAUGCAGAAUGUUAGAGAUGAUGAGUCUUACCAUGGAAAUCUUCUGUGUCGUGUUAGUUUUAGUAACUGUAGCACGACAGUAGUACAAAUUAAACCUUCUGAAACCAUCAAUGAUCUAGUGCUGAGGUUAUUGGAGAAAAGACGUCUGAACUACAGCUCUUUUGAAGUUUACACUGACCGACAUACAAAGCCAGUGGACCCCAAUGAAGUAUCCUCUAUAUUGGCCAGUUGCGAAGUUAAGAUCCAGCAGAGGGUCGUGUUCAAACUGGACCUUCCUAAUAGGAAAACCGUUUCGGUGAAAUCAAAAGCAACCAAGAUGAUUAUUGAUGUGCUUAAACCCAUUCUUCACAAAUACGACUUCACACUUGAUCAAGUUGUUGUGAUAAAUCCGAAAGAUGGAGGUUCUGUGAUUGAUGUUCGAAGUCCGAUCACCAGUAUAGACAAUUUGAGACUGCAAGUCCAAUUUAUUGAUAAAGGUGUCAGCAGUAUUCCUGAAACAAGAAAUGAUGCUAGUGUUCAGAAAACAAACAAGUUAGUUGAAAUAACAAACCAGGUUUUUGAAGGAAUUCUUCACGAUAAAUCAGAAAAUUCACAUUCGAAACCUAAAUCAGAUAAAGGAUCUGUGAAAAGUGAGGACUUGGGCUCGGAACAUUCCUCUAGCUAUUUUGGCAAAUUUCUGCGUAGAGAUUCUUCCAACCAAGAAUGGAAAAAAAAAUCUCUAAUUCCAAGAAGUAAAAUUUUGGGUAAUACAAUAAGCAAGUGUGUGGUUUCGCCAGAUCAAAAUCAACUGAAAAAACCUCUGAUUGCAAAAUGGAAAGCUGGAGCCAAUAAACUACAAGUGUCACCCAGCAGUGAAAGUGAGUGUAAUGAAUUAGUUGAGGGUCUAACAAGGGCCCAGAAAGCUCGCUUAGAAGACCAGAGGGGAACAGAAAUAAACUUUGAACUACCUGACUUUUUGAAGGACAAAGAAGAUGAUAGACUCCGAAAAUCGCCCAACAAUUCCCAAGAAUCGAACUUUUUACCUGAACAGACACCUGUUAACAAUGCGAUAACAUCCAGUUUGAGUCCUAAAAUAAGUAGCGAAUUGGACUCCCGUGUGAACUAUGAAAAUCAGAAUAUCAGACCAGAAAUAAGAAACAAAGAUGAUUCCCCAGUGAACACUCCAAGCAAACAGAUGAAAUUGAAUAAUGUUCGGAGUUUUCUUCCCAAAUUCUCCAUAGAAAGCAAUAAUUUUAAAUCUAGUCAGAUUGGCACACAAAAAACUUUUGAAAGUCCUCUUGGUAAGGAAUUUAAAAUGGAGCCUCCACCCUUACCGCCGAAGCCUAAAAUAAUACCUUUAAAACCACCCAAUUGGGGACAGAGUGAAUUUCGAAGGCCUAAAGAAAUUUCACAAAACAUUAAAAAUAAACAGGCCUUAUUCUUGGAACAAUCUUCUAGCAGCUUUGUAUGAAAUUAUAUAAAUAUAGAAUUUUAUUUAUUCAGAUUGUAUUUUGAAAAGCUUGAUAGUAUAUUUAUAAUAAAUUUUUUGAAUAAA